AUGGCAACAUUGCAUAAUAAUUUGGGUCUUCUUUAUUAUCGUCGUGGUGAUUAUGGGGAUGCGCGAGAACAUCUUAUGACAGCUACGCAGCUUAUUGAUGACAGUCAUCGUAACUGGCAAAUUCAAACAAUAUUUGAAAUUGCAUGUCAUCUUGCAAUAAUAAUAUUUAAUGAUGGAUAUUUUACAUUAGGAGAUCUUUUCAACAACAUCUGUGGUUAUCGUGGUCACUACACCGACCAAGCAAUGAUUCACUUCGACAACACUCGUCUUCAUACAGAAUCAAAAGAAAAUAAUAGAAAAAGAAGAAAAGAAGCUGGUCGUGAUGUACAAAAAAAUGUUGAUAAUGAUCAAACAAAUAGUAAUAAUGCAUCUGGUGAUGAUGAUUAUAAAACAAUAGAUAGUGAUGAAGAAGCAGAUGAUGAUUACAAUGAAACAAAUCCCGGUGAUCAAGCAACAUUUGAAGAUAAUGAUACAACAACAGAAGGUAAUGAAUGUUCCACUGAUGAUCAUGAUUCAACAUCCAGUAGUGAUAAUUCAUCAACUGAUAAUGAUGAUAAAACAAUUCUUAGUCCUGAUACAGCAACAAAAAAAGAUGUUGAAAAGAAUGAUGAAACUAGUGAUGACGAAUAUGGUUAUUAUAAUCCAAAAGACAGAAGAAGGUGGAAAGAAGAAGAAUAA